AUGGGCCCGUAUGUGCCGCCGGGCCAGUCUCCGCCAUUUGAAGUUGUGGACGACUUCCAUCAUGGUGCAUGGAUUAUCAUAACUGCGGCACUAGGGCUCGUAGUGUCACUGGCGUGUCUUCUCAUUCGACUCUAUGUGCGCCUCAUGUUGAUUCCUCCAUUCGCGCGGGAUGAUAUGAUAUUACUAGGCGCCACGGCAUUUGGCAUAAUCCAAUCCAUCUUGGUGUUCUACACAUGCUCGCGCGGGUUCGGCACUUCGAUAUUCCUCAUUGACGGGAGCAGGGUCGGGCAGAUACAGGCAUUGAUUGCCACAAGCGACACAUUUUCCCUCGUUGUCAUCUAUCUCUCCAAAUGUUGCGUCGUCGCCAUCUACCUGCGUCUUACGCCCCAGAAACUUCAUAACCUGGCUUCUUGGGCCACGGCUGUGUUAUGCACCGCCUGGGUCGUACCGGCCAUAUUUAUCUUGCUUGUCAACUGCGAGCUCAAUAAGCCGUGGAGAACACAAGGGGGUCAAUGUCGGCAUUUGUAUCAGAGAUGGCAGUUUAUAGCCAUUAUAGACAUUCUCACCGAGCUAUGUCUAUUCAUCCUCGCUGUGGUCCUCUUGAAAGGGCUGUUCAUGUCAGUGAAACGAAAAAUUGGCAUCGGCCUCGCAUUCAUCUUUAGAUUUCCUCUGAUAGCUUUCACCAUUCUACACCUCUCAACCCUCAGCACCGCCCUUAAUGACGAAGAUGUGACCCUUGCCGCUGUCGAACCAACCCUCUGGCUCCAGGUCGAGGUACACUAUGCCCUAGUAGCCUGCAGCGUAUUCUGUCUCAGGCCGUUCAUGGCCGCCGUCAGCACAAAUUACGGCACAGCCGGUGACUCAAAUCUCGAAAGCAGUGGCUCCCGGUCCAGAGCUACGAAGGACAGCUCUGGCUCGACCUCCCCAGUCUGGGGUCGAUGUCCAGGGUCCGAAGGAAAAGAACAGGGACUGUUUCUAGAGACUCCGGCUGAGAGAAUCCCAAUGCGGCGGUCAAUAUUCCCUCUUUGCGCACCGGAGAGACGCGAGCCUAUGGUGGGGGGAAGAGCUAGGAAAGGGGACCGCGGCCUGAAUUCCGGGCUCAUGGACGAUCCAGAUGCUAUUGAGCUGGUGUCGCAAUCGCGUCGCCGAGGUGAUAUGCAAAGUCAUGAUAUGGUCGUGGAAGAAGAUGUGCAUACAAUGGCGAUCCGGAAAGAGGUCGGAUACUCGAUCCAGUACGAAUAUGACGAGGGCCAAGGUUGCAGAGAAGGUCGACUCAAGACCACUGCUCUCGCCGAUGCUGAUAUGCAUUGA